ACCAGAAAGUCAUGGGGAGAAAGCGGGGUGAGGUUGUGUGAGUGUUGGGCAGAACUACCGUGAAGUUGAUAGCAACGAUAGGUCUUUCCUGUAGACGGAAGAGAAGCCGACACAACGCGUCUUCUCGUGCUUUGCAUUCGUUGAGCAAUCAGCGGUGAGCGCUCGGGAAAAACAGAAACAGACGUUUGGAAAGCCCGCGAGCUUCAGGAGUGUGUGAUUGUGUCAUCAGCCUAUUUAUAUGAAGAGGGAGGACGCAGAGAAAGAAGAGGGAGGACGCAGAGAAAGAAGAGGGAGGACGCAGAGAAAGAAGAGGGAGGACGCAGAGAAAGAAGAGGGAGGACGCAGAGAAAGAAGAGGGAGGACGCAGAGAAAGAAGAGGGAGGACGCAGAGAAAGAAGAGGGAGGACGCAAAAGGAGAGCACAGCGUGCUCAAACUAAUGGUUGAGCCCAGUCCCCCAGCGUUGCAUCUCCAUGCCAACGGUGAUGUCAGCAUGGUGGGCGUUGGUGUGAAGCAGGAGGAGGAGGAGUCUGGAGGGGAAGGGGGAGGAGCCAAAGCUGAGCCGCGCUCCUCUCCUGCCUGUGAUUGGUCAGGACAUCAGCCAAUGGCGAGACCGGAGUCUAGACAGCUGACUCCUCCCCUCUCCCGCUCACCCUCAGAGGGCUCUCUGGGUAAGGAACAGCUUCAGAGUCCUGUGGGGAUGAAGGGGGGCAACAGGGGGUCCGACCACCGACCAGAGGGACACAAGCAGCCCACUGUCAGCGAAGUCAUGCCCACCAUUGAGAAGCUGCUGAGUGUCGACUGGAGGGAGAAACUUCUGGACAAAAGCUUCCUGGGAGGCAAUCACUUGAAAGGCACUCCAGAGUCUUUGGCAGAGAAGGAGCUGCAGUUAUUGUUGAUGAUCAACCAGCUGAGUGGUCUGAGGGAGCAGCUGCUGGGAGCCCACUCUGAGCAGAGGAACAUGGCCACCCUGUUGUUGGAGAAACAACAGCAGCAGAUGGAGCUGGCCAGACAGCAGCAGGAACAGAUUGCCAAACAGCAGCAGCAGCUGAUCCAGCAGCAGCACAAAAUCAACCUGCUUCAGCAGCAGAUCCAGCAGGUGAACAUGCCCUACGUGAUGAUCCCAGCCUUCCACCCCAACAACCAGCAACUACCUGUCACCUCCGACACACAGAUGACCAUGCCUCUGCAGCCAAUCCCCUGCAAGCCAGUGGACUAUCCCAUGCAUCUACUGCAGAACCUUCACUCCGCCCCUAUGAAAAGGCCCAGUGGUACCUUCCGACAGGAAGCCAGCCAGCCUCUGAACUUGACCUCCAAGCCCAAGGGGAUGGACAUUGGGAACAUCCCCAGCCCGCAGGCCUUUGAGCUGGGCACGUUGACACUGCAGGGGGGGUACAGACCCAGAGACAACCAUAGAGACAGCCCCUUACGACCUGCACUUAACCUGGGAUUUCUGGGAGAGGGGGAUGUGGUCACCCAGGCCAUCCAUGAUGCCCAGCAGCUGCUGCGGAGUCAUGGGCCGGGCGGAAGAGAGCGGGAGCGAGAGAGAGAGAGCACUGCCAGGAUGGAGUAUAAAGUGGCUGGACACAGCAGCAGGCUUCCCCCCCCAGACCGGGGGGAGGAUGGACAGACCCUCCAAACCAACGAGGACCAUCACAGUAGCGACUCUGAGGGACCCCUAUCUGCUCCUGGUGUUGGGGUGUUUGCGGAGGUUCGCAGCCCCCCCUCCUCCGUCCACAUCAAGAGGCCCAUGAACGCCUUUAUGGUCUGGGCCAAAGACGAGAGGCGACGUAUACUACAGGCCUUCCCUGACAUGCACAACUCCUCCAUCAGCAAGAUACUGGGAACUAGAUGGAAGUCUAUGUCUAACCAGGAGAAGCAGCCCUACUAUGAGGAGCAGGCCAGGCUGAGCAGACAGCACCUGGAGCGUUACCCCGACUACAAGUACAAGCCCCGCCCCAAACGCACCUGCAUCGUGGAGGGGCGGAGACUCCGGGUGGGCGAGUACAAAGCCAUGAUGAAGAACCGGAGACAGGAGCAGAGAGGGGCAUACCCACACAGCCAAUCAGAGCCACAGCAGCUGCACUACACCCCCGGCGAGGGCCAAUACCCAGGCGGUGGUGGGGCGGUCUCCAUGGCAACGGUGCCAUUCCACCCCACGCUAUUGGAGCACUACCUGCCGCGAGGGCUGGAGGCUCCGCCUAGUCACAGACCUGAGGGACAGGCCACGCCCACUCCUCUCCCCAGAGAGAGGGAGAGACCGCCGUACAGUGAGGGGGAGGAGAGCGACGGCGGAGAGAGAAGUGAGGGAGAGCUAGUGCUCCUCACUGACUGACAGAGAGAAGAAAGGGAAGAGGUGUGUGUGUGUGUAGAGAAGUGAAUGAAAAGGGGUGUGUCUGUAGAAGAGGAUCUUGGACCAUAUCAAGUGUGUCAUAUGACCAUGUCAGCAGAGCCUGUGUCUGUCCCAACACUCUAAGAUGAAUCCCAUUCUUUAUCUAAUCACUGAUCUGGUCACAGAAGACUAGGGUCUAAACUAAUAGUUCUCACUUUUAGAUCAGUGAGAGUCAAGAGAUGGGAAAUAGACCAUAGUAAAUGCCACACCCUUAUAAAAUAAUACAAUUGGACAUUGAUCAAACACACACAGAGACACACAUCAACCCUAUCUGUGUAUGUUUAUUUUUCCUACAAACAGAUGUUGUCAUCCCAGAUGUUAGUUGUUGGUAAUGCUGUAGGCCCACCAGUAUGUUAUUCAGCUCUACAUGUCAAACAUUUCCCAUUCUCCCCCAUAGUUCACAAUUAAACAAUGAAAUCCCAAAUAGCGCUAGCAGGGGCAUCUUCUUGAGAGGAACCGGACUCGAGGAGGAGCCCAUCCUUCUCUGACUGGCUCGACAGGUUACGUUUACUGUUUGUUACAACAUUAAAGGUAUGUGUCCUUUACACAUGAAUCUGGCAGCUGAAUCGAAAAGAUCAUGGGUCAUAUGAUAUAUUGGGCUGUUCAUGUUGCUGCUACGUACCUAAUCAACAGGGUAGGAGUGUAGCUAGUGAUAAAGGGCACAUUCACAAUGUGUAGCGGAAUGAGUUGAGAUCGACUGUUUUAGACUGGCAGUCCAUUAUCGUCCCAUACAAGCAUUGUAGAUGUUUCCCUUAAGCACAGAUCAAUAUCCGAUGACUGGAUCCUUAUAAACCUGAAACAUUAAGGCCGGGUAUUAAAAAUAUCUGACCGGGUAUCAGUAGUUCGGGAGAGAUCUGAAUGAGUGCUGCCCUCUGCUGUUUGGGAUGAGCACAGCACCAUGAAAUACCCAUGUUUUAUUUCAUUUUCAAUUAUUACACAGAUGACCUGAUCUGUGGUGAUUAGAGGUGAUAUAAUCCCCAUUAGCCGAUGCACUUCCACUCAACACUCAUCUCCUUUCCAAAACAGAGCCAAAGUCUUCACCUAAAUAGUUAAGUGGCCUUCAUCUUAAAUCCUCCUCUUCAUAUGCACUGACAACAAAACAGGAUAAGUAAAAGCAAUAGGGGAGAUUCCUCCUGCUAGUUUUUCACAUUGGUGCAAGUGGAGUAGGGGAGGUGAGGAAUUCACUUUAGAUUAUCGAGAUGCACCCAAUGUUUCAGUUAUUGCACUUGCGAUAGUCUAUCAGCAGUUACAUCUAGUGUAAUGAGGAGAAAUGUUUAAGGAAUCCCCUUCCAAGCCCUUAUUCUAGAUUAAUCUAAUCCUUCUCUAUUCUCUAGUUGUGUACAACUGUAAGUGCAUCUUUCAAUCAAUUUAUUUUGGACCCGGGUUUACAAUGUACUCAUCACAGAAUGCUUUACAAAUGUUCUGUAACAUGUAUCUCUGUAUGUGUUGGAGUAUUGAACUUAAAGGUUGGCCUGAACACCUUGUCUGUGUACCCUGACAUUCUGGCCUCUUGUCUUGGCCACAGCUGUUUCUCUGUCCAUGUACUGCAGUCAGAAGUCACUGUAGUGCCAUUUGGCUUCCCAAACAGGGAUCCAUCUCAAAAGUCCUACGUCACUUCCUCUCCUUUCCUUGAUCAGUGCAGAUGGAGAAACCAAAAUAGGAAGCCAUUUCACACUAUUGGGAUGCAGUCUUCAUCACAAUGUACUGGACAGAAGAGAGGGGUCAGAUUUCUGAUGUAAUCUCCAUGUUAAGAGACAGGCUUGUAGUUAGUUGCUGUCACACUGCAGUAAAACCUUUGAUUGGGGAGUACUAUAGUAUGAAGUUGCACCUGGACACUGAUCUAUGGUCAGUUUUACAUUUGCACCAAUAAAUGUUAAGGCUAUGAUGUGGGUGGGGUAGACUGAUCCUAGGUCUGUGGCUACUGACAACUUCUACCCAGAACCAAGGGGAUGGCACUGUUAGGAGAGGCUGGGACUGUGUACAUAGACAAAUAUCAGAUGAACAUUUUUAUAUAAUUACAGAAAAACUUUGUCACCUGUUGUCACACCUGCUGAUGUAAAUAUAGACUUUAUUUUGUUUAUAAGAGCCUGUGUAAUCUAAAGGUGUACAUUUUCCAAGUUGUGGUUUGUUUUUAGAAAAGAAUAAAUAGCUUGUUAUUUGUG